AUGAGUGUGAUUGUGAAGAGAAAUAUUGUAGUCAGUAUUGUGUCAGAUAGUCGUAAUUGUCAGCUCGCAUAUUGUCCAUUGCAUAUUGUGUCAGUAUUAUGUCGUAAUUGUCAGCAUCGGCAGUAUUGUGUCCGAAUUGUCAGUAUUGUGUCAGUAUUAUCAGGACUGCCACGCUUGUGUCGGUAUUGUGUCAAUAUUGUCAGUAUUGUGUCAGUAUUGGCAGUCUUUUGUCAGUAUUGUCAGUAUUUUGUCAGUAUUGCCAGUAUUGUGUCAGUAUCGUCUGUAUUGUGUCAGUAUUGCCAGUAUUGUGUCAAUAUCGUCAGUAUUGUGUCAGUAUUGUCAGUAUUGUGUCAGUAUUGCCAGUAUUGUGUCAGUAUUGCCAGUAUUGUGUCAGUAUUGCCAGUAUUGUGUCAGUAUUGCCAGUAUUGUGUCAGUAUCGUCUGUACUGUGUCAGUAUUGUGUCAGUAUCGUCUGUAUUGUGUCAAUAUCGUCAGUAUUGUGUCAGUAUUGUCAGUAUUGUGUCAGUAUUGCCAGUAUUGUGUCAGUAUCGUCUGUAUUGUGUCAGUAUUGCCAGUAUUGUGUCUGUAUCGUCUGUAUCGUGUCAGUAUCGUCAGUAUCGUCAGUAUGUGUCAGUAUCGUCAGUAUCGUCAGUAUCGUGCCAGUAUUGUGCCAGCGCCGUCGGCAUUGUGUUCUGCCAGCGACGUAUAA